AUGGAGGCCGUUCCACAGCCACGGCCCCGGCCCGGCGGGGCCGCCGCCGCCGCCCCCCUGCCGCCCCCGCCCCCGGAGCAGGAGCGCAAGCUGGAGCAGGAGAAGCUGUCGGGGGUGGUGAAGAGCGUCCACCGGCGGCUGCGCAAGAAGUACCGGGAAGUGGGAGACUUUGAUAAGAUCUGGCGUGAGCACUGUGAGGAUGAGGAAACUCUGUGUGAAUAUGCUGUGGCAAUGAAAAACCUUGCAGAUAAUCACUGGGCAAAAACUUGUGAAGGGGAAGGCCGAAUUGAAUGGUGUUGCAGUGUAUGCCGAGAAUAUUUUCAGAACGGUGGGAAAAGAAAAGCACUUGAGAAAGAUGAAAAAAGAGCACUUCUUGCUUCUAAGACCACUCCAGCUUUAAAUGUUCCCCAGGCUCCCAAGAUUGAAGAUCCCUUGCCAAACUUUGGCUUGACAAAUCAUGAAGCUAUAACAGAAGAAUUGCUCCACUCCUUGGGGAAGAUCAGAUUACUUGAUGUUGGUAGCUGCUUUAAUCCAUUUCUGAAGUUUGAAGAAUUUCUGACAGUUGGCAUAGAUAUUGUUCCAGCUGUUGAGAGUGUAUACAAAUGUGACUUCUUAAAUCUUCAAAUUCAGCAACCUCUCCAACUGGCACAAGAUGCUAUAGAUGCCUUUCUUAAGCAACUGAAAAAUCCCAUUGAUUCUCUACCUGGAGAACUGUUCCAUGUCGUCGUUUUCUCGCUCCUCCUUUCUUACUUUCCAUCACCCUAUCAGCGAUGGAUAUGCUGCAAGAAGGCACACGAACUUCUCGUAUUAAAUGGCUUAUUGCUUGUAAUAACUCCUGAUUCAUCUCAUCAGAAUCGCCGGGCUAUGAUGAUGAAAAGCUGGAAAAUUGCCAUAGAGUCCUUGGGUUUUAAACGCUUCAAGUAUUCCAAGUUUUCUCACAUGCACCUGAUGGCAUUUAGGAAAACUUCCCUGCAAACAACCAGUGACUUAGUUAGCAGGAACUACCCAGGAAUGUUGUAUAUCCCACAGGAUUUCAACAGUGUAGAGGAUGAGGAGUAUUCCAACACUUCCUGCUAUGUUCGAUCAGAUACAGAAGACGAACAGCUAGCUUAUGGUUUUAUGGAGCUACCUGAUGCUCCUUAUGACUCAGACUCUGGAGAAAGCCAGUCUAGCUCAAUUCCUUUCUAUGAGCUAGAAGAUCCUAUAUUGCUUCUAAGUUAAUGUAGUCGUUGAAACGCCCUUUCAGUCAAACCUCUUGCUUAACUAAUUUUGCUAUACUAACGUGGGCUCAACACACAAAAAUGGUUUGCAUAAAGAAAAUGCAAAGGUUUACAGAGUUUGCUAUUUUUUUCUACUUUUGAAUUUUAAAAUUUAUUCUUGUAUGAAAGUGAAAAAAUACAAGUUUUAUGCAAAUGACUCAUGUCAUAGCAUAAAUUGCUGUUACUUUCUUUAGAUUUGUAUCACUAAUUUUUUUCCAGAAAGGUACCAUUCUUUUCUUUAGUGCUGUGAAGUGUGAAUUCUAUUUAAUUUGCUAAAUGUUGUUUCAAUAUUUUUAACUCAAUGUGGUUGAGCUUAAGGCACUGGAGUUGGUGGGCUUCUGAGAAGUAUAUGUAGGAAGAAAUAAUUUGCACUUUAAUUAAAUGUGCAGAUAGGUUAAGACACGUGGUUACACAUGUCCCUUCUUAAUUAUGGAACAAAACUUCUUUUCCAAAAUUUGUUUCAGUCUGGUUAAGCCUGGGCUGGAGAAACUAUAAUGCUUGCACAUUUGAUUUUAUGUUUAUUGCAGCCCUCUUGAGGUAACACCAAGUCGAGAUAACACCAAAACACUGGAAUAUAUUCAUCCAUAGUUAUACAUACUGUGUAAUUUCAUUGCAUAAAUAGUAGUUAGACAUGAGAUUUCUGAAGAGGUUAUCCCCCCCAGAGGAGUAUGGUACGUCUAGACAAUUAUGUUUCACUUCAAAGCUGGAACAUCGUUUUGCAAUUUUAUGAGUGUACAAGCGCUAACAUAUAUCAGUAUUUCCCCAAUGAUAGUGUUCUGUGUUCUCUUCAAACUGUGUUUUUUGGGGGACAGGGUGGGUUUUGUCAUGUUUUAAAGUAAAUUAUUUAUGCAUUUUAAAAACAAACAACUUUUUCUUUAAUUGCCCUUAUUUGUAGACCUCCCAAGUUAUAUGGUAACUACAGACCAGUUUUGUAAAAAGGAACAUAAUUAUACAGGUUUUUCAAGGAUACACAUAUUUGCACAAAGCCGUGCAUUUCAGACCACACAAGUGAAGUUAACAUACACUAUUUGUUUGCUUAUUUGGAUGCCAAAAUCUUCUGUGUAGUUAAAUAAAAACUCCAUAGCUGUCUGAAAACUGGUCUGCACUGUGAGGAGAUGGAACAGAAGUGUUUUACAUGUAUUGAGUUUUUUUAACUUGUGUAAUAAAUUUGUGAGUUUUUGCAGGAAAAAACAAUUCUGUUCAGUGGUAAAAAUAGAGGAUUCAGUAUUAGUUUAGCUUAGAUUUCCCUCCAUUUAAAUAUAAUGGCCAGAAUUUUCAGAUUUGAAUGUUAGGCUGUUAAAUCUAUAUGUAAGUGCCUAAUAAUAAAUGAUUUGAACUAGGUGCCACAUCAUGGUUUUAAGACUGACUUCAGCAAAAUGGUAGAAAAUACUAAUAUAUAGUUUCACAAGUGGUUGUGAUGAAAUAUACCUUACACAAUAUUAACCUACCAUGUUGCAUUUAUAAUACAGAAGUUACCAGAUAAACUGAAGUUGUAAUAUGGAUUUUACAGUGGUUGCUACAAAAAUGAAACUUACUCCUUCCAUUGAAGUUUUGCACUGAAAGUGUCACAGUUUGACCUACCUGUUUUUCUUUUAUACUGUUUCCUACAAAGAGUCAUCCCACACUGGUCCAGCUUACACUCAAACAUGAUCUGGACUGCAAUGCUUUAUUCUUUAACAUAAGCUUUUUGUGUCUCUCUUCUUAGAUCUAAAGCAUCCCCCAAUACCUGAUUCAAAUUUGUUAUUCAAUCUGAAUGGUACAGUUAUAUACAAACAAAACAACUAUAUUCUGGUGUGUUGAAAAAAAAAAAACUUUAGACAUACAAGUCUCAUGGUUGACUUUUAAAAUUUUUUUUACAGAGAAUACUUCUCUAAUGAAACAUACAAUGGCUUUAAAAUUGCCUAUAAGUCAGUAUUUGCAUCUAAUGCUUUACCACUUCACUUUCACUAAAAUGCUUGUCAUUCAAAGCCUUUCUUUUUCCCAGUUAACCACUGACUCCAGCAGUGCUCAUGUUAAAGCUAAAAUAUUGGUGCUAUAAAUUCAGCUGUUUAUGGAAACUUAAUCUGUGCAUACUUCAAAGUGUACCUAACAUUUUAACUGAUACUCCUUUUAAAAAAAAGUUAUAUACUAGCCAACAUAUAUGUUGGCAUUGGUUAAUGUAAAUGGGUUUGGGAUUCAUACAAAAAAGCAAUUCAGACCAAGAUUUAUUCACCCAAAAUAGUUUAAAAUAUUAACAUUUAAAAUUAAGCCUUUUUGGCAGGUUGGUGACACCAUUGUAUUUGUGGUUUAGGGACCUGAGAUUCAUAACAGCUUGGUUUUCUUGCUGCUCUGUUUUGUUUUGUUUUGUUUUUUUUACAAGGGACAGUAGAUUGUGGUGGAAGAGGAAAGUGGGAUUUACAUAAAUACUUAUACCUCCCUGAACAAUAAAGUGGUGAUAUCAGGAGUUGUUGGAUAUUUGACUUUUGUGCAAGAAGAAUGUUUCUAGGUUAUGAAAUAUUUGAAAAUUAUGACUGUGCAAGAGAUCUCUCGUUCUUAAGGUGCUGGAGAGGAAAAGGAAAACAAUGUGUAUUUGCAUUUCUGUUGUCUUUAUGUCACUACUUUUUGUGAACAAAGCACAUUUAUUAAAAAAAAAAACCUGAAAACCUUUUUAAAAAUUGUUUCUUUGGGGUGGAGAUGAUGUCCUUUUUUCUUCCUGUGCAAUCAGUUUAUG